AUGGGCUUAUCUUCACACACACCAGUGCCACAAAUUGAAAAAAGCACUUCUCAUAAUGAAAACUUACUGCAACCUCUUUUACAGAACCUAGAACAAAGGUAUCAUGAAUGGCCCAAACAUCAGCAAACAGCAGUCAAAAAAAUAUUAAAUGAUAUAAUAGAUACUCCAUUAAUGGCUUUGCAAAACCCCCAAGUAGUUCAUACCAAAGGAUGCCCUUCUGGUAUACAAAAUCGACAACCAACUAACACAACAAGAUGCAAUCCUUCUGGUUUGAGCUAG